CUCUCACCGUCAUCUGCAUCUGCUCCCAAGCACAUCUCCUCUGCCCCUUCCGCCAAUGCACAGGUGUGCCUACUGCCUUGACGCGUCGGACCGCCACUGUCACGCGCUGGUAAGCGCCCAUAGAUGCGGUGAUCCAAUUGAGCGUGCGAGCUUCUGGCCAAGGCGGUGAUACUUCCCCCUCGGGCAGGAGGCGCGUGGGUACUUAUCGCUGGGAGGAGGGCGCCUUGCUCUACCCCACUAUGUCUGCGAAGGUCCCCCGCCAGCGCAAAGCGUCGACGCUCGUGAAGGGGCCGAAGGGACCCCAGCGGAAGGCGCUCGCCACCGUGGACACCACCCUCGCGUCGUACAGCCGCACCGAGCCCUUCGAGGCCUUCAACACCCUCCUCAAGCUGAUCGGCGCGCUCCCCUCCCGCGUCGGCGGCGCCCAGUACAAGCUCACGCCCGACGAGCACGCGCUCACCGUCCACCUCCUCGCGAUCGUCGAGCCCUUCCUGAGCACUACGCCCGAGCCGCGGCGCACGAUCACGCGCCAGCCCACGGAGCUCCUCGACACGAUCGUGGGCUACCUCGACGCGCCGGCGGACCUGCGCGCGCUGGCCUUGACGUGCAGGCGCUUCCACGCGAUCGUGGUGCCAAGGCACGCGCAGUAUCGCGUCGUGCGCGCGCCCGCGAGCGCGUUGCGCGUGUGGCACCAUCUGGCGACGCAGAGGGGGCUGGCGGCGAAUGUGCGCGUUGUGGAGGUGCUGGACGAGCGCGUGGGGGCGGGCGCGCUGGUGGUGCCUGCGGCGGCGAAGCUCAUGGCGGAUACGGACUUGGAGAGCACGGACGAUGAGCUGGCGCGGCACGACAAGCAGGGGCGCUUCUUGCUUCGGGCGCUUGCGAAGAUGGUCAACUUGGUGGAGUUCAUUUGGUCGAGCAAUCAUUCGCCGACUGGUGUCGAUGAUGUUUGGCCGACCCUGUUAAAGCAUUGCCUGAAUCUACGCGAGGUACGCGUCCAAGAUAAUCUGGUCUUUGUCCCCGCGGAUGAAGAGAGUGAGGAAGCGCCUGCAGAAGAAGCGCGUCAACGCAUGCUUUUGAUGAACGUGAAGAAGGUGGCCAUUGAGUCCACGAAGUAUACGUUUGGCGCCCAUCGUACUCCUGCGCUUUCUCGUGCUCGCGGCUUACUCGACCACUGUCCCAACCUGGAAUCACUUGCUGUAUCGUAUACCCGACCCCGAGCGUCGACAACAAACGGCCCGAACGCCCUGCCGGACGCCGAUGACUUUCUUCUAUAUAGUCGCUGGCCGCAGCUAGCUGAACUCAGCCUCGCUCGUCUGCAUUCCUCCAGCUUCGAUGCCUUCUCAUCGUUCCUCACUUAUCACAACAAGCUGUCAACGCUCCGUUUGGAUGGCCUCAGCGGUGCUGCUGUCACCACUCUCGACCUGCCUGCGGGUGCUCUACCUUGUCUUCGGGAACUGCAAGCGCCGAAUGAGGUCGCCAUUGCCGUGCUUGCAUCCGGUACCCUGGAUGGCCGACCGCACACUCUGGAGACGCUCAAGGGUAUCCGCGUCGACGCUAGCAGCAAGGGCGCAGCUGCCCUCUGCCAGGCAUUGCGCGAAUACGGUUUGGGCGUUAGGCAUAUCGAACUCGCUGGCUAUGGUGACGUAGACGACAUCCGCCGGCUCGCCAAAUGUGCACCCGGUGUAGUCUGGCUCGACGUCGGACGGCGACUUGCGCGGGGACGCGUCGCUCCGGCUCCCGCCACUCCUCACAAGGGCGAGGCCGCACCUCCCGUCGCCAACACGACAGAGUGGGCAUCUGCCCUCGCCGCCAUGCCAGACCUCGUCCGCCUCCACGGCGUCCGCUUCUUCUACGAAGUGUCGCAGGGCGCCGCAGCGGCCAACUCAGCCGCGGCCAUCGCCUCGGGCGCGCGCAACUUCAACCCUGCGACGAUGAACGCGAGCAUCUCGAUGACGGACCGCAGUCGGCUGCGCAAGAACGACGAGGUGGCGGGGAUGCUAGCGUGGAAGUGCCCGAAGCUGAGGCGGUUGGAUCAUUGGGAGGAGGGCGGUGGUCGGGCGAUCAUCCUGGCCCGCGAUGGGGAGCGGGUGCGCUGGGAAGUGCGCAGGGUACCCAAGUGAGAAAUUGUGAAUAUUGGUAUGUAAGUAUCACAAGAUACAAUGGCUUUUGCGCAAUUUGCGACGCUCAGCCUCCUUGGUUCGCACCGUCGCAAGCGACUCCACGCAUCACCU